AGGCCCCGGGGACGCCCGCCAACUUUGCAAAGAGCACCAGGUCGGGGAAGCCAGCGCAGCGCGGCGCAGCGAGGCGCAGAGACGGGACAGCCGGCGGGAUGGGUGCCUAAGCUGGGCGGCGGCAGCAGCAGGCAUAGCACCAUGGCCAUCAACGCGGACGCACAGCUGGGGAAGGCGCUGGCCGGCGCCCCGCCGCCGCCCGCUUCCUCCUCCUCGCAGGAGACGGAGCAGCUGCUGCAGGCCGGCCCGUCGCCCCCCAAGCCCUGCCCGGACGAGGACGGGGUGGCGGGGGCGGCUGCCGUCGGAGCGGCGGCGAUGGAGCCCAACGGGCACGGCCUGCUCUACCGGUCGGGCUCGGAGGGGCCGCUGGAGGCCACCUCGCUCUCCCCGUCGCGGCUCAGCCUGGCGCGCGCCUCGUCCACCGCCACCACCUCCAACCUGCCCGAAGCCGGCCGCUCGCCGGACUACCUGCCGCUGGCCAUCCUCUCCUGCUUUUGCCCCAUCUGGCCGGUCAACAUCCUGGCCUUGGUCUUCUCCAUCAUGUCGAGGAACAGCAACCUCCAAGGGGACGUGGACGGAGCCCGCCGCCUGGGCCGUGUGGCCAGGUUCCUGAGUAUCCUGUCCAUCAUGCUGGGAUCGGCCAUCAUCAUCAUCUGUGCAGUAAAUGCUGCAGGGCUGUUUAAACGAAACUAGCCUGGAUGGAGGAUCGCAAAACCAGAUGUGCGCAGUUGGGUGGACACCUCUGCACGGCGAUGUCAGUGGCAGAUGCGGCUUUUUCAGCCAGAGAGCUGAUGCGAGGCAUGUGUGUGUGUGUUUAUCCUUGCCUCGUCCAGUGGAUUUUUGGAGCCCCACCAUUGCAUUUCUGGAGGGGACUGAGCAGACAAGGCUAGAGAGAUUUUUUCCUGGUCCACCUUGCCUGGUUGGGGGCCUCAUUUCAAGAUAAGGAUCCCCCCAACUGAAGAAGGGGGGUGUCUCAGGAUGAGGUGGAUCCCUUCUCAAGAGAAACAAGGGCUGAUCCUUCUGUCCCGUGGCCCACGGUGUGGGGUUUUGUACCAUUUUGGACCCCCUACUCGGUGGAAAAACCAGAGGAGAACUUCUGAACUUCAACACCACAGUUGAGAUCCUUCAAAGCAUGCAGGAUGGACUUAAUCUUUAAAUCCUCCUCCGAGAGAGUCCACGGAGGAUGGAAAACCCCGUCGAGAAUGUUUGCAUUUUAGAGAAAUAAAUAAAAAAACAAAGCCACCCAAUCCACUUGCACGGCUGUAGGAAAACCCUUGGUGGGAUAAAAGUUGGUUUUGCACCCAAAUACAGGCUGGUGAUUGCUGUUGAUCAGCCUGGAAGCAUCUGCAUCCCUUUGCCUUCUGAUGCCCUCAGGUUUUGUUUUUUUUUUGCCCCUCUUAAGUUCACCCUCUGCCCUUUGGGAUAUCAAAUCAUUGCACCCAUAAUUAUCUGACGCAAAAAAGCUUGGCAAUUUAUUCAGGUGAGUGAGCUGCAGCCGAAGACGGCAGAGGUUGACGAAAGGCUGUUUUGCAGCAGCUCGAAAGAUUUUAACCCCAAUAAAUUGUGCUUAGCCAUGGUU